UCGAACCAAGAACAAAUGUGUACGGUCAGUGUUCGCAUCGUUGUAAUAAUCCCAAAACUUUAACAAGAGAGAGCCCUAAUCUGAAAAGGCCCAAUUUCGAUCGAAGAAGAAUCGGCUCGCCUUCGUUCCCUUCCUCCGAUCGAUCCGGUGAAUGUGCUGUGUUGUGCCGGCGCGGAUGUCUUAGUCCUAUUGUUGACAGAGACGCGCCGCUCAAAUCCUGAAGAAGAAUAAGAAGAAGACCGGUGGAGAUGAGUAAGCUAUUGGACUUUGCGAGAAAAACCAUGUUCUAUGUUAGGGUGCUGUCGGGAUAUGAACAGCGCAGAAUCCGAUCUUACAGAUUGCAGCUCCAGCAGCGCCUCCAGCAGGCACAAGCAAAGAAAGAUGUGCUCAAAAAAGUUCCCGAGCAAAUAAUUCUGUCAGAAGUACGGAAGAUGGUCGAGGAUAUGCAGACUUUGAAUAAAAAAUUGGAGGAAACAGAGGCAGCAAUUGAGGAAUACUUCAAACCACUCGACAAGGAAGCAGAAAUUAUUAUGAAGAUGCAGCUCGAUGGUGAGGAACAAACAAUGAAGGAGAUGAUGGCGACGAUGCAAAGGCAAGCUUUAAUCGAGAAAGCUGAAGCAGAAAAAAUUUCAAAUUCGUCAAAAGCAGGUGGAAAGAUUUUAAAUUCACAAGAAGCUAAGCUGGAUCAACAUAAUCCGGAGCCAGAAGUUGCUGAGAAGACUGCUCAAAUGUGACGAACCUUUUGUGCGGUUUGUAUAAUUUAUUUUUUGGUGAGCACAUUAAAGGUGAGAUUCUUGCGGCCUCAUCUAUCAAAUUAGAUCUGGUAAUUUGCCUGCUGUUCGAAGCCGAGAAUCGAAUAUUGGCAGCUGAAAGGAGGAUAAUACUAUGUAGCAUGGAUUGGUUUUUGAAAUAACACAUUUCAGUGCGAGGAGAGGCUUUUUGAAGGUCUUCUAGUAAGCCAUGUUUUUAAUUCCAGCAGUUUAUAGACACAUUUUAGGGUUGUGUGACAUUAUUAGUCUAAAUAAUGGAAAAAAAAAGUUUAUUCUA